CCUCCCCGAAACCAUUUUCCCACCCCAUCCCCAUCCCUUCCCACCCUCCCCAUCCUGGUCCUGGCUUGCGACCGCACUUCUGUCCGCCGCUGUUUGGAUUCUUUACUCCGCUAUCGUCCUUCGGCCCAACGCUUCCCCAUCAUCGUCAGCCAAGACUGCGGGCACCGCGAAACGGCGGCCGUCAUCUCAUCCUACGGCGAUUCCAUCACCCACCUUCAUCCUCCCCACGGAUCCGAAGCUCCAUCCGUCCCGGAUGAACACCGCAAAUUCUUGGGUUACUACAAAAUCUCCCGUCAUUACCGGUGGGCUUUGGCUCACGUUUUCCGCGUCCUACGUUACCCGGCCGCCAUCGUGGUGGAGGACGACCUGGAAGUGGCUCCGGAUUUUUACGAGUAUUUCCAAGCCGUUUAUCCUUUACUCUUGGAGGACGGCAGCCUUUGGUGCGUCUCCGCUUGGCACGACAACGGCAAGGAGCAGCUGGUGGACGCCGCUCGACCGGAGCUGCUGUACCGCACCGAUUUCUUCCCCGGUUUGGGUUGGCUGCUGACCGAACGCCUUUGGGACGAGCUGGAGCCCAAGUGGCCGCCCGCUUUUUGGGACGAUUGGAUGCGGCAACCCGAGCAGCGCCGCGGCCGGGCGUGCGUGAGGCCGGAGGUGUCCCGCACCGUCACGUUCGGCCGCAAGGGCGUCAGCCACGGCCAGUUCUUCGAGCAGCACCUGCGGCACAUGGCGCUCAACCGCCGCUUCGUGCCCUUCACCCGCAUGGACCUCGGCUACCUGCGGCGCGACGCCUUCGACCGCCGCUGGGCGGCGCAGCUGAGCGCCGCCCGCCCCGUGCGCCUGGACGAGCUGCGGGCCGGCGGCGGCGGCGGCGGCGGCGGGGCGCUGCGGCUGCGCUACGGAGGCAGGGACGCGUUCCGCGCCGCCGCCAAGGCCCUGGGGCUCAUGGACGACCUGAAGGCCGGCGUGCCCAGGGCCGCCUACCGCGGCGUCGUCACCUUCGUGCACCGCGGGCGCCGCGUCUACCUGGCGCCCGACGAGGGCUGGGCGGGCUACGACUCGUCGUGGGGCUGACGGGCUGCAAUGAAGUGGCGACCGAGCA